AAACAAAUCCUUUUCGGCCGAAGAACGAAAACUAAAAAACGUUUCUUUACUCCUGCCACUUAAAAUUGAAAACCAGAGGGGAAGAAAAGUAGAAGGGCUCUGAUUGUAGGAUUUUCCCACUCUCAGCAAAGCAGCAUCGUCCCUGAGAAAUGGGGAUGAAUAUCACGAGGAGCUAAGGGUAGCUUGUGGAUUCAUUUUCUAUUCAACCAGAGAAUAAAAGCCAUGUCAUCUUAUCUGGGCUGCUGAAGAUAUUAGUUAUGAACCAAGGAAUGUCUUCUCUGGCUCAAUCUCCUUCUACCAUGUCUAUCACUAGAAUUCCUCAGGCUCAUUCCAAAAGCAUGCAAUUGUUGAAAGCCUCAAAGGUGACACAUGUGCGCACCGUCCGUCAUAUCCACAUUAGGCAGUCCCCUGUUUGCUGCACAAAGUUAUCCAAGUGGGAACCUUCACCAGUCACAUAUGCUCCAACUGAGAAAGCAGGUGAUAACUUCUUGGAAAAAUCAUCUGAAAUAUUUGAAAGUCUGCGUUCUGACAACAGAGGCGAAUCUUCGGCAGCUAAAGCUGAAGAUCUCACUGAUGCAACUAAUCAGCCAGUGGUACAGCUUCAGUUUCUUAAAUGGCCAUUGUGGUUGCUGGGCCCUUCUCUUCUCCUCAGCACAGGCAUGGUACCCACUCUGUGGUUGCCAAUAUCUACCAUAUUCCUUGGCCCGAAUGUGGUCAGUCUUCUUUCCUUGAUUGGACUUGACUGCAUCUUCAAUCUGGGUGCAACCCUUUUUCUCCUCAUGGCAGAUUAUUGUGCCCGGUCGAAGAACCUGGGACAAGCUUCCAAGAGCAAGCCUCCUUUCAGUUAUCAGUUCUGGAACAUAGUUGCAACUUUGACUGGACUUGUGAUCCCCUUGAUGAUACUAUUUGGAUCCCAAAAGGGCUACCUCCAACCUCAGCUGCCUUUCAUCCCAUAUGCAGUUCUAUUGGGCCCCUACAUUCUGCUUCUUUCAGUACAGAUGCUGACUGAGAUGUUGACAUGGCAUUGGCAGUCACCGGUUUGGUUGGUGACCCCAGUUGUGUAUGAGGCUUACCGUGUGCUGCAGCUAAUGAGGGGGUUGAAACUUGGGGCUGAACUCAGUGCACCAGCAUGGAUGAUGCACACUAUCAGGGGCCUGGUGUGCUGGUGGGUGCUUAUCCUUGGCGUGCAACUCAUGAGGGUUGCUUGGUUUGCUGGAUUUACUGCUCGAGCUCGUCAACAGCAGUCUUCUGCUUCUGCUGAUGCUUAAUGCUAAUUACUACUGGUAUCAUAAACUAAAAGCAGAAUUGUGACUUGAUAUAGGAUCUAUGAGUGUAUAAAUCAAAUAAAAUCUCUCUACAUUUUGUUAUACAGAGUAUACAAAUCAAAUAAAAUGUCUCUACAUUUUGUUAUAGUACAGUUAUUAGGCAGCCUGUUAACAUAAAUGUAAGAAUGUUAUUUGCAUUGAAUAGCUUAUAGAAAUGUUUUUUCUUUGAAUGAUAA